AUGCCGUCUCCUCGCAAGGUCAGCAGGGGCAAAGAGCAGCCUCUGCAGGUUUACAAUCGUGGUGAUUCAUGGUGCCUAGAAGAUAGGACUUCGGAUGGCUUCCAAAGCCAUCAGGAGCUUUCAAACUGGGAUGUCAAGCUGCUCCAGCCUCUUCUCAAGAACGGUGCUCUGAGGUUGGCGCAACACAAUCUUUCUUCAGGUGUCAUCUACUACAGCGACUUUUCCGGAUACGAUGCUCCCCGGGAGUGUCUGAGAGUGUUGCGAGAUGUUCUACAGCGUAUGCAACCUGACCAGGAACCUUUUCCUUUCCAUUGCGUUCGUGCUUGUGAUGUGGGCCGGGUGCAGCAAGACGUCUUGCUACAGCAGUCCGAGAGUUUGGAUGCGAACUCAUCAUGUGUCUUCGCAAACCUGCAAGACCGCUUACCUUUGUGGGCUGCAGAAUGGAUACAUGCAGUCGUGCCUGCAGGUACUUCUAGUCUGGAGGCAGCCGCCAAGGCCAACAAAGACAUCCUGGAGUUUUUGCUAGAGAACCGAUGUAGUAUUCUGGAUGCCACCACCAAGUGCCACUGUCUUGUUCAUGAUCGCCCUUGCCCAGUUUACCCUCGCUUGCUUGCCUGCCAGGAACACAGUGAGGGCUCUGUUUCGGAGCAGCGUGAGCAGUCUGUAAGGUCGCAGACAUUGGGUGCGGCAUGGUGGGAGGAUCCGCCUUGGACACGCAAACCUCUUGCCAUGACAGCAGCUGGCCUUGUCUGCACCGACUAUUCGGUGCUCGGCAAGCAAAGGCGGGGAGCUGGUGUCAAUGAAUGGGCUCAUCAUUUGUGGCAUGUGGACCGUCUGCGAGCCGCAGAACUAGGAGCCGAGUCGUGCUUCUUUUCCGAGUGUGCAGCUUUGUAUCCCGUGGAGCAGAAGCAAGCAGAGGCAAUGGCAGUCACCCAUCAUGUUGUCUUUGUCAGAUGCAGCCCUCAUGACUUGGGAUUUCCAGUACGGAGACGGCGUACAUUCAGUGCAGGGUUAUGCCGCGAAGAGUUUGUUUGGUGCGGUCCCACCGACCCUUCAGAUGUGCAGGAGCUUUGGGAUACACUGUUUAAGACAUCAUGCGUGCUGACUGGUGAUGCUUUCCUGGCCGCGUCGGAAAGUGAGGUCCAGGCUUGGAUGGAGGCUCGGCUAAAGUCGAGAAAGCACCAGAUGCCGCCUGGCUGCGAGGCUUGCUCUGUGGAGAGCCUUCUCGGGUUGAUUGUGGCUCCGGGCGCAGUGGCUCGGAAACGAAAGUACGAUGCCCUCAGAGAAGAUCGCAUGGCUUUGGAUGGUACAUACCUGUGUGACCUGGAUCAUAACCCAGGCUUCGGGCCUUUGGCCGGCCCGCUGUUUCCUGCGAUGGACACACAUCCCAACAUUUUCUCUUAUCGCAAGGAACGUUUGGCCCUGCCGCUGGAAUGCUUCGCAGCCCAAGGGCUGGAUAUGUUUCCCAGCUUGAGUGGGGACAGGGGUCCGAGUCCAUUGAAGCCGAUUCUUGCAUCGCUUCCGGAUCCUGCUGCAAAGCUUUUGGUUGGAAAUUCCAUACAUGUCCCCUCUUUCCUUUGCUGGAUGGUGUUCGUUCUGGGGAACUGUUGCAGGAGAUCCGAGAUCACAGGACCUCCGAGUGCAUUUCCGCAGUCGUCCACUGCGGAGGAUGAUGCAACAAAUCAUGACGAGCCUUCCGAGCAGGUGUUUGGCAGUGACCGUGAGCAGAGCAGUCGCCGCAGGGCAGUUUUGAGAUUGUGA